GACAUUUUUUUCAACUCGGUAACACAUCUUCUAGACCGUACCGACAGAAUCAAAUACGCCAUCUCCGAAUGUGCAAUCCUACGUGUGUGGAGAUCCUAAACUACCCAUGUCCACGAUAGGUACCUGUUUCUGUAUUAAUGUUCGUUCCACUCUAUAAUAAUUUCAGUGCACCUGUUGAUUCGAAACGGUUCAGAUAAAAGUUGCUUUCCAAUAGUGGGAAAGUUCAUACAGUUGUUAAUACAAAGUCUUAUCAUUUGGUAGGCGCAAUGUAUUUUCUUAUCAUAAUUACGUAUUUAGUUGGAUUAGUUAGUGCAAAAUUUAUCCAAUCACCUUGUCCAAAGGUGUUCACAUACCAUAUGAAUCCGCAAAAUAGACAUUAUUUUGGUCGGAUUGAAGUGAAAGAUAUUCAUCCAGGAGAAACAGCACGACUAAAGGUUGAGCUAUCCAUCGGAAUGCAACUGCCAGCUAAACUAGUUGGAUCCAUUGUGCUGGUUAAAUCACGUCAAGCUACGAUCGAGGAUAUUAUUAACGGUAGGUCGGCACUGUAUCGAGUAAUAUUUCCGCUGCCCAAUAUAUUGCCGACUGUAGUUUCGAUCACCCUGAAUGACCGGAUCAUUUGUAAGGGCUACCGUGCAACAGGGCGAGUGCUAACUGCGAUACAUUUGGAGCACACUCUGUACAAUAAACUGCACUCGCAAGCGCUAUCACAGAAAGGCAACAUUUUGCCCGUCGAAAAGUCAGAUGAUGAUCUGACAUUGAGAUUCAAUGAUCAGACGUUUUCGAAGUCUACGUUAAAUGUUUUCGAGAACCAGGAAAAUAUCGCAUCACAUAAUUCAUUCGCAAAAUCAACAUGUGGCCGCCAACCCAGUGCUUUAAUCAAGCAAUUCGCUUUACAAGGUGAACUGGUGGACAAGGGGCAGUUCCCAUGGAAUGCACCUUUAUUCGAUCUAAUCCAGAAGCACAACCCAAAGUACGUGUGUGGCAGCACGGUUAUAACCAGGAAGCAUCUCCUAACGGCAGCCCAUUGCAUAUACGAGAUAGACGAUUUCAUCCAUCCGGAAAGGUUGCUUUCCAUACCAGGGAUGCACAACAUUGAUAACUUCUUUGAGGAGAACGCGCAGUUUGCAUACGUCGAAGCUGUGUUCCCGCAUGAUGAGUACAUACACGAAGAUGAUUUGAAUGAUGCUGAUGUGGCUGUUUUGCUGCUGAAAAAGGAAUUACUGUUUAACGAUUACGUUUCGCCCAUCUGUCUGUGGCAGGGUGAGAACGACCUGCAACGGAUAGUUGGCCAGGAAGGCUACCUUGCCGGGUGGGGUGUGACCGAAAAAGGCGUCACCACAGUUCCUACCUAUAUUAAAUCUACUAUCGUUAGCAAGCUCCAGUGCAAUCAUAAUCUGGAACGAGUCUACCCAAGAAAUGCAAGGAUAUUUUGCGGCGAUGGACAUGGCUCAAGUCCGUGUAACGGAGAUUCAGGUAGCGGACUGGUACUGCAACGAGGAAAUCAGUUUUACCUUAGAGGGAUCGUAUCGAGAGGUUUAAUUGAUCCCGUGACGCUCAAAUGUGAUGCGAGAAAGUAUACAGUGUACACCGAUAUGGCACUAUUCAGAUUUUGGCUGAAAACUGUCAUAGGAUAAAAUUAUUUUUAAAUGCAAUGUGAUAAUUCAGUUUUUGAGUUAAGUAAUAAAAUUAAAAAGAAAUC